GGUUACAGCAGGUGGAAUUAACAGAGUGCUGUGAAGUAUUUUUAAGAAAAGGCAUUGAUGGACAUUCUUUAUUGCAAUUAUCAGAAGAGAGCUUAUUCCUGUGGGGGCGAGAUGUGUCAAUAAAGAAUGGAAAACAAAUAAUGAGGCUUGUGAACCAGAUACAAAAUCAGCAUGUAUCUGGAAGUGGGAGACAGCAAAUGAACAACAUCAUUGGAUCAAGAUAUCAACCGCCGCCCCAUUUUCCUGCAAGUCGGCCGCCUCAGAGCAGCCAGGCGGUAGAGCAAGCUAAGGGCGGUAGCGAGUGGGUACACGUGAUUGACUCCGAUGAUGGCUGGUCCAGCGACGAAUUUGAUGACAUUACUGAACAAGAUUCAGUCAGCACCAAUCAUGAUGUCAGUAAUUCCAAUAUAACCAGUGUUGCUGAUUCUAGUGAUGAGAAUGAACUGUACAUGACACCGUCGCCAGCGACAUCCGCACCAAGUUACCCAAACCAACAGCCAAGAAUACUAAGCAAACCCAGUGUGUCGCCUCCGGCUCUGCCUUUCUCGAGUAACGUGCCUCCACACUCUGCCCAAAAGGGCUUUACAAGUCCAGGCAGAGGUACUCUUGUUAACAGAAUAGGAAAGAAUCCUCCAUUCUCUGGAGGCAGUCAAGCAGCAGGACCCAGGGGGCAAACCUCUGUAGAUCCCCCGCGACGUGACCCACCAGCUCCCCCAGGGAACCGAGGACCAGCACCUACUCCAGCAUUUAAUGUUCCUUCUAAAGGCCCUGCUGAUCUGGCCCGCCGAGCUCCUCCAUCACUGCCUGGACAUCUAGGAUCAACGGGAUCUCAGGAGGGUCCACGAUGGGGGCCGAUUCAAAGAGCAGGGUCCCCAAAGACAGUAGGCGGACCCCCAGAUAUUUCUCGGCGUGGACCAGUGCCGCUAGCAACUCUGGGAGGAAAUUCAGAUAUGUCACGACCUGGGCCUCCUCUGCUUCCAGUCCUUCCGAAGGGCUCGACUCAGACUGGCCAGACGGACAACUCCCGGCGCGGGCCAGCACCUGUUCCUAGCCACCUGGGCUUACAAGAACAACAGAGUUCCGUUGAUAUCACACGUCGAGCCCCAAUGCCCCUGCCAGGGUCACCAACAAUAUUGCAACAAGGACCCGCUGUAGCAAAGACAAAUUCUGGGGCAUCUGAGGCACCGAAUGCUCCACCGGUGCGGGUGCCAAGCAGACCUCCUCCAAGAGUGAACUCAGCAGCUGCAGGUAACAGUCCUAACAACAGCCGACCAGUGAGUCCAAACAACGGGGUUGGGAGGGGCAGCCUUUCAUCGCAGCCGCAACUUCCCUCACUUCGUGGAAAUUCUAAUGAAGGAAGCCGCCCUGAAGUUCGGAAGACUAAUUCUCUAAAUGAGACAAUAAAUAGAUUUAACCGCCUUUCUCAGGCAACCUCUUACACUCCAGAGGAGUUCGGCCACGAGUAUGAAGUUGUAGAAGCUCCGCGUGGUUCAUUUGCUAGUCAAGACAACUCUGCUUCCGGUCAACAGAAUUUAUCAUCUGCCAGUAGUCCUCCUGCAUUGCCACCCAGAAAUCAAGGUGCAAGGGACGCUGGAAGGCGCGGCACCGGGGGCAGCCAAUCUCCUCCACACCAGCUUCCCCCGCCAACACAUGGCUUAGGCCAAGUUCGACCUCAGAAUGGUGUUCCCCAGCCGCCUCAGCUCCCUACCCUGCCACCACCCCCGAUCCCAAAACAGACUUCCAAGCAGUACAAUCGACCUUCACAGCCCCAUGUGCAUCCAACAAAUUCGCAGUACCUGGACCACCCGCCCACGGAGAUGGCGCCAGCAGUACCUGGCUACACAGGGGCAAGUGUGGGCAUUGGGGGACACCCGAAGCCAGGGGCAGAGCGGGUGCCUCGAGAGGACGGAGGAAUGGUGGAGCUAACCCCGCUCUACCGUAGCAUAUUUGAUCGUCCCUACUUCCACAUCAUAUCUCGUAACAAAUCCCGAGAGUUGCUUGAGAAAGCCGAAGAUGGUGUGUUUCUCAUACGUCCUUCAACACGUUCCAGUGAUCCACUCACCCUUUGUCUCCGGUACAGGAGCCGCACUUAUAAUAUCAACAUUCGAUGUCGCCCUGACGGGCUUUUUGCUCUUGGUUCUGAGAAAACUAAUGAGAUGACAUUCUCUUCGGUAGAUGAUAUAGUAUCAACUUACACUCGUGAACCAAUAAAGCUCCAGAGCGGUGAUCGAGCCAUGCUAACCAUUCCACCGCCGAAGUCUGAUCACAUAUAUGUAAAAAUGCCUCUGCCAAAAGUAUUAGGUUGUCAGGAAAUAAAAAUGCCUAUGUGAGGUGACUCAACUUUGUACAAUAGAUUAUAAAGAUAUAUGUCAAUGUUGCACAGACGUAUUUGUUCAAGGUGAGGUAUCGAGAUUCGGUACUGUGUAGAAUACCAGUAACUGGAUAGCAUAUAUUUGUAUUUUUUAUAUUUGUAUACUCAUAAUUGCUUAGAGAUGUUAUCAUUUGUAUUUUCAGUAUCCCUAUGUUAAUAUAUUGCUUAUCUAUAUUGCCUUAUGCCUAUGUGCAGUAAUUUCUUAUAGUUAUUAUAUUUCAUGAUUGUCUACUCUUGCGUACUGCUAUGUUUUGUUGUUAGGGAAUCCCAAACUCUCCUUUGAAGGAAGCCUGUGCUGUGCAGGCAGCAAUCCACUUGCAUCGGGUCCUUCCGUCUGUUGAGAUGUGUCAGUCUAGACUGAGUGCUCUUGAUGGUGUGGGAGCUGGCAUUUUGAUAGAUGCAUGUGUGUGUUUGUUCAGGCGUGUGCACGUGCGCAUAUUGCCUGUUUUGUAUUGGUUGAGUGAGGGGCAAUGUCAUCAUCAGUCUUGGGAGGUCUACUCUCCUCUCUGGACAUAUGUGUUUCUGUGCUGAGUAGAAGGGGUGGUGAAUGAUCAAGCAUUUUGGUCGAGGCCAUGUGUAAGAUGGUUUGAUUGAUGAAGUUCUUUACUGUGGUUUACAUAGGUGAAAAUAGGUGAAAACUAUUUUUUAAGUGAGAAUGUUUGUAAUGUGGUGUUGGUAGAUGUAUAAACAUGUUAUGACAUUAAUGAAUGUUUAUUGUAUUUUCUUAUAAUCGUAUUCGUUACCUUUUUACCUUUGUGUGUUCAUAGGUAUAUUUUUAUGGUAGUAGAUGUUCAGUUAGCUCAUAUUGAAUGAGCAAAUGAAGAAAUAAAAUGGUUGUUAGGCUAUGAACUAAGUGACUGAGAUGUAUUGUGACAUAUCUCACUAAAUGUUAAGCAACAUCUUAUUUUAAUCACAAAGUCUGAGUAUAUAUAUCUGAUUAUCACUAA